GAUGAACCUAAAACUAUUGCUAUGUCUAGUACUAUUAUGUCUGACCCUAAUAAGGAGAAUCUUGAAACAAGUAGUAUAUUAGUGGACAGCAAUCCUAUAUUAGUAGAAAAUAAUCCUUCUAUAUCAGUCAAAGUCAAAG